GCCCCAUAUGUCUUCCAUGUUGGGUGUCCUUUAAGAGAGUAACUGUGGUGGUGUCAUCGAUUGCUCUGAUACACUUUUCUAUUGGUCUUGUCUUGCUGCCUGGUCUGAGGAAAUAGUGUACGUUCUCAGGCUCGGCUUCAGCUUGUUCUGCCUGGGCCGAGCUACGCAGGGAUUUGGCCGCCUGGGAGUCACGUGCACCAGACCGGAAGAUGGCGGGAGCUGCAGAAGAUGUACGAACGCUUUUCCGGGCUGGGAUACGCGUGGUACUGGAGGCCUGGCCGGCCCUGCAGGUCAGUGGGGCCACGGCAGUAUCAAGAUUGUGGCCUGGAGAAGAACAAGAAUUGGCUGGGCGAGGGUCCCGAGGCUUGACUAGGUGGAGUAAGCGGCGGACCCUUUGGCUACCCCAGACCAGCUCUGACCUGGUGGGCUUAUGCCUGUGUUCGCAGAUUGCUGUGGAGAAUGGCUUCGGGGGCCUGCACAGUCAAGAGAAGGCCGAGUGGCUGGGAGGUGCAGUGGAGGAUUACUUCAUUCACAAUGCCAACCUGGAGCUAGAUGAGGUACAAGACUUCCUCGGGGAGCUGAUGACCAACGAAUUUGAUACAGUUGUGGAGGAUGGGAGUCUGCCCCAGGUGAGCCAGCAGCUGCAGACCAUGUACCACCACUUCCAGAGGGGUGAUGGGGCUGCUCUGAGGGAGAUGGCCUCCCAAAUCACUCAAAGAAAGUGCAGAGUCACAGCCUCUGCACUUAGGACAACCAGAAAGAUUGAUGAGGAUGAGGAUGAUACAGACAGUGUGGAAGAAAUGGAGGUCUCAGCAACAAAUGAUGGGACUGCUACAGAUGGGGUUUGCUCCCAGCCUGAACCCUGUGAUCCAGCCUCUCAGGCUAUUAAGGAAGAAGAUAUAGUGGAAGAUGGCUGGACCAUUGUCCGGAGAAAGAAAUGAGUGGUUUGGGCCCUUGUUUGCUAGUUUUGAGACUUGUUUGUAGGGGCUUAUUUGGAGAGUUCUUGACCUCUGGACUAGUUACCCUAUCCCUACCCUUUCCCCUGUUCCCCUCUCCAGUUGGGAAGAAAAGCUCUAGGGUCGUUGGUUUUGGGGGGGUAGUAGGACUUGGUCCAGCAUGGCCCUUUGGGCUUUUAAGUUACCAUCUGAGUGAUGAGGACAGAUUUCUCAGCUGUGUCUCUUGGUAAUAGUCAUUGAGAAGAGGGGAAUGAGUAUGGGUUGUGGCUGGAGAAGCUAGAUGCAGGUUGACAGUAGAUAGGUAGAUUUGUGGAGGGAAAGGACCUAUAGGAGACCUGUACUCAGUGUUAGACGGAUGGCUGGGUCAGGAAUGGUAAGUUGAAGAUGUGAGCAAAAGUUGCUGUGGGGCCUCUCCCUAUUCCACCCCACCAUACACACAUAGAACAGCUCUAUCCCUGCCCAGAACAUGGAAUCUCAUAGGAGUGUUCCCUUCCUGAAGCCUAACCUCCCUACCUACAUUCCUGCAGGAAUUCUAAAACCUUGGCUAGGUAGUGAGCUUGGAAGAGCUGGGCUUUGUUUUCUGUUUCCUCCCACCUCUUUUGUCACUUUAUCCCAUCCCAUUUAAGUCCAACGAUGAGGCUUAAGAUUCUAAUAAAUAGGACCUUAUUGUUUAAUCUGUGGCUUGACCUGUGGCCUUGGAAUCAGCCUCUCUAAAAGCUGGGCUUCAAUGUUCAGCAAGUGAGCAAAGUACCACCCUAGUAGCCUGGUACUUUACACAAACAGAGCACAACGGUGUUCUGAAAGUUACUGUAAGCCUGAAAUAAACUGUAUUUUUCUUAGAAAACAAAACAAGAGUAUCCAUUGUCCUCCCCCCAUUCUCCUGUCCUGCCCAGUGGCCCUGCCAUGGGUCUAGAUAAGCCAUGGGAGAUGCAGGAGGGGUCUAGUAACCACCACAUGUGAAGACACUGGCUGAGGAGGCUGGGUUGGGAAAGGGUCCCAGGAUCAGUGGCAGAGCUGGCACUUGGAUCCAGCUCACCUGCCUCUGGUGCUUUGGAGGGAACUGGGUAGAGGCAGGAUCUGAAAGGUGUUGAGGAGUGGGGGGAAAGACAGCCUAAUUCAGAUAGGUCUAGUAAUAGCUCCCACCCUCCCUGGGGAUAGGGAUUAAAAAAAGUUAACAUCACUGUAGGAAUAUUUUUUUUAAAGCCCACAUUUUGUGAAAAGAUGAAUUAAAAACCCAAGACCCAGCAUUCAGGAUUGAAAGUGCCCGUGAUGGGAGUUCAAGUAUUGACUGAGCUGGGAGGGAAGGGGCUGGAGCCCCCAGUUGG